AUGUCGGAGCUGGUAGACCUCUCUGCUCUUCUGGGCAGGUCCGUUAUGGUUCUCGGUGAGAGCAGCAAUUCACCUCAAAAGAAUGACUUACAAAAUCAUUCUGUUGAGAUCCUCUUCCGCGACAGCACUGACACUUCCGCAGGCGGAGCUUCAGGAUUGGGGCUUGCCAUCGCCAAACGCUUCGCCCAUGCAGGCGCCCACGUCACCAUCGCAGACCUCGAUGCCAAAGGUGGCACCAGCGCGGCGGCAGAGUUCCAGGCGCAAGGCCUCUCUGCAACAUUCGUCCGCUGCGACGUGACGGACCAUUCCAGCUCGGUGCAAGCUUUUGAACACGCGCUUCGAACGUCGCCGAACGGGUCAAUCGAAGUUACGGCAUUGAUCGCUGGCGUCAUUGGUGAGCCGGGAAGUUUGGUCGACAAAGUUCUAUAUUCCCAACGCCAGAAAUGUCUCACCCCGCCAGAGCUUCACCAUCCGGCCUUAGACGUCAACCUUUUGGGAGUGUACCACUGUGCGUAUCUGGCCUUGUGGUAUAUGAAGACGGACCGGCAUGGGCCUGACCGACAGAGGAAAGACGAGGACUUCUCCAAGUCACUCAUCUUUGUGAGUUCGACAGUCGCUUACACCGACGUCGGGAAUUUUGCAGAUUACCAUACUUCGAAGUUCGGUGUCCGUGGCCUUUUCCGUGGCCUACGCCACGAAACUCCCCGCCUCAAUAUUCGCACAAAUUGUCUCGCGCCUUACUUUAUGCGCACCCCAAUGAUCGACAACUCGCUGGAUACAUUUGCCGCAGCAGGCAUGGCGCCAGGGAAAGGAUUCACCUUUGUGGAUAUCGAAGCUGUGGUUGAUGUGGCGGGCCGAUUCGCGGUUGACGGGAACUUGCAUGGACGGGCCAUUGCGAUCCUCCCGGAUCCGGAGGGCGCUCUGGAUUUGAAAGAUGACGAGGAGGGGUUGUGGGCAGGUGAGGUCUUCAAAAUGGUGCAAGACAAGAGAAGGGCGGUGGGAGAUGUGAUUUAG